AUGGAAAUGACCAGUCCUCCGAAACCAACUCGAAUAGUGAAUUGUUUAUUGCCAAAUCCAGUUGAAGAUGAAGCUUUAGAGAGCAAAGGUGAUGAAGAUUUUUCCGAAAAAAAUGGCGAUUUAAGCUUGAGUUCAAGGGAAAUUCUCAGCUUGCCAGCAUUAGCUGGUGAAGUUGCUGUAGCUCAAAAGCAACAAAUCAACGACUUGAGCAAAAGGCAAGAAGUUCUAGAACAGCUUAAGGUAAAGUGUACGAGACUGCAUAACUUUUCAUGACAUUACAAAAGCUUAAGCUUAAGCUAAAUUCACGAUUCGGUCUUCUUUUUUUAUUUUUAAUACAUGCAUGAACUCGCAUCGCCGGUAGGAGAAAAACCGUCAAGGUAAGCAUGCAUCGCUCAGUACUUUAAUAAAACUCGUCCAUUGUGAAUUAUUUAGGUGAAAUUGUUUUAAACUGAUAAUUCAGCAAACAAUAGCUCAGUUUUAAAAACUACGUGGGGAAUUAGCUAUUAAAAGAGCUCUCCAAGCAGUCAGUAAAAUUAGAAUUCUUUGUACUCCUUUCUUUCCAAAUUAGUUCAGUUAAAGAUAAAUGCAGUUAAAGCUGAGGUUGCUACCGUUUCGAGAAAAGUUUAUUUGACAGAAGAUGAUGUUUCAAGAAAGAAAGAAAACUGCCAGGCACUUAAGAAAGGUUAGUUUGUUAAAAGUAUAAAUACUAGAAGCCCCUCAAUUUCAUUUUUGGACACUUGUAGAUAAGUUUGCAAGGGGUUUCACUGCAGCAUUCCCAGGAAAUGUACGCCAAACAACGUAUGUUAGAAAGCGGUUUAGAUUUAAUCCCGGGGGGGGGGUACUGCCAUAUAUGGGUUAUAUGGGUAUGUGCCGCUGUGAAGGGUAUGGUUUUCAAGCAGUUUACUCUAGGAUAGGGUAUAUAAAUCAGAGCGUUUGGGUCUAGAAUAGGGUACCAUUUUUCAGGAAACUGAUCAGUUGGUUGAAGAUUUUAUCUAGACUGGGGAAACAGCUACUCUAGGGUAGGGGGAUUUUGGGAGUUUACUCUAGUAUAGGGUAGCAAAAUUCAGCUCAACUAGCUCUGGGAUAGGUCAAGGGUUCCAGGGUCCCAGCGGCACAUCCCCACCCAGAAAUUCCUAAAGUGCCCCCCCCGGGAUUUAAUACAGUACAUAUAUAUUUUGUACAGCUGCAGAGCUAUUUUUUUUUUAAAAAAGACAUCAUGUGUCAGUGACGCGGCACUUUUAAGCCACUGUAAAAUUUUUAGCAGUUUCGUCUUUCGACACAGGUUCUGAUAAAGCGAUUUGAAAGAAAGCUACUAUGAUAUCUGAGCUUGAAGUUUUCUUAGUACUCUAACAAGAUCCGAGUAUUUAAACAGUACUAUCAACGUUCCCAAGGGCGGGGCAUUGAUUUUUCUAAAGAAAAAUUGAACUAUUUCUUGGGGAGGCCACAAUAAUUCGGUUUGGAUACAAGUGUUUCCCCCAAGUAAGAGCUAACCCAGUCGAGUGUAACAUAUGUUUGGCACAAUUUCAGCUGAACCUGAUGUGCUAUAAGCCAAGGGUUUCAGGAACCUUCCCAUCCAAGAAUUCCUAAAGUACCCCCCCCCCCCUCUUCCGUAUCGAACGCUCCUCACUAAUUUCUUAUUAUUACUAGUGUUUAUGGUUGUUGUUACAUUCAUGUAUAAAAAUCAGCACAAUAUCUAAGUAUGACCACUAUUCCGUCUGUCACGGGCAUGUGCCUCAAGAAAUCACUGUUUAGCUACUUCAUCCCACUGCAUAGAUAGAAAACUAGCUUGGUAUACAUUAACAAAAUCUAAUUUAAAAGCGUAUUCUAUUUUAAGAGAUUCCAUAAACAUUUUAAUAACUGUCCGAACUUACCUAAAUAUGUAUCUGGCUGAACUUUGAAACGUUGCCUUAAGAAUUAACCUAUAGUUUUUGUGUGCAUCAUUUCCUUACCUGCCAUAUUAUCUCCUUGAACAACCUAUAAGUAACUUUGUGUGCUUUCCGGACCCUCAGAGAUAGACGCACUUAUCUCCUCUGGGGAGAACCUUGCCCAUCAACUGACGAUUGCAAAGGAGAAACAAGAGAGAGAACGAGAGUAAGCAAGAACAAAAUUUUUGUUUUUGGCAGGGUAAUGUAUGAUGAUAAGUUUGAAACAAAGGAAACAAAUUUUUGACCAAGCCUAAAAUUGAAAAAUUUAACCAGGAAUGUAUGUUUAAUUGAGGAUAAACACAACCUGGUUUCUUCCACCAAACUGUUAAUAUUUCCAGUAAAAGAAGGCUGAAAAUAAAGUUCUCGCAAAAAGACGUUUUUUCAUCCUAAAGCAGCAAAAGAAGUACUUUUGUAACCUUUCAUCUUUGAAUUUUUGCAGAACACACAAAGAAUACCGUGCAAAAAUGUCAGAACAUGCAAAAAAAGUGGAACUGUAUGAGAUGAAUGCUCCCAUUAAUCUGAACAUUGCAAAACAAAGAGAAAAGAACGCCAAUUUGACAGAGGAAUGUAUGUCUUACUUUAUUUAUACUGCAUGAGAAUUGAGGUUUUUCACACAGUGACGCAUACGAGUCGUCCAUCCCCUUCUAGUUGCUUAUCCAGAUUCUUUACCAUUGAGCUAUCGGUAAUUUCGAAGAAACACAUAAAACUACUAUUAAUAGGCCAUUCCGAGUUGCUCGAAGCCUUUGUUCAACGCGAGGCUAAGAGAUAUUGAUAUGAUAUUGAUACAUUAAUUGAUAUGACAAUGAAUGUGAGAGUUUUAUGGCUUACUUUGUGCAUCUGACAAUCACUCUGUACAGGACUGGAAUGUCGAUAACGUCACAUAUUUUCACUCACAGAAGACGAAAAAUUUAACCUUGGCCGGAUUGUUCAAAGUUUGGUUAGUCUAAGAUAACCCAGGGUUAGUGCAGAUAUGAAAGCAUAAAAAGCCAAUUCAGUUUUUUUCGUUUUGUCCACAAAUUGAUGAUUGGAAUAGAGAAAAUUAUCCGAGAAAAUGCUUUUGAAUAAAAGGAAAAAAAGACAGUUUAAAUGUUAACCCCGGGUUAGCACUAAGCGCCCUUCCAACAACCGGGCCCCUGUCUUUUACAGUCUUUGGGUAAAACCGUUGAUGUGGAUGCGAUUCAAAGUCGUUCAGUUGUUCUUUUUGUUUUUUUGUUUUUAUUUUUGCUUUUUUUUAUUGUUCUCUUUUGAUCAAUUUUGCAGUGGAGCUCUUACGUCGUUUGGGAGACGAUUCCAUCCUUAAAAGCAUACAGGCUGAACUAUUUCAGCUUAGAAACCGCCAAAAGUGUUUGGAGGAAACAAUUGUGUUAAAACAAACCGAGGUUGGUAUAUACCAAUUUAUAAUGAAUUAUUCUCCCCAGCCUGGAAUUUAGAUUUAACCCAUCCCCCUUGGAAAUUUUGCCCAAAAGCAACGUUUGAAAAAAAAACCAUUCGUCUUCUGGUCAAAUUCAGACCCAAAAGAAUCGAAACGGCCCACACCCUUGUUUAAAAUUAAACCCAUACCUUGCAUUUCUCUUGGUGCAAUCUCGUUUCAAGAGCCUCGUUAACGAUGCUAAAUUACAGUUUCCAAAAGUUCGGGCAUGCCCAAAAGGCAAAUUUAUAUUGCCAUUAACCUUCACUUUCCUCCCCAGCAUCUUUCACUUUACGCCCCGUUUUUCUCCUUUGCAGGAAAUUUACUAGGCUUGAUUUCUGUGUGAAACUUUUAGGAUUCCAAAAUUAGUUUGAAGAAAGUGGAUUUCUUUUUCCCUCACGAACGCUCAGAACUACUGUAGUUAAGGCCUACAAAAAGAGGCAAGUUGAGCAUCACCCAUUAUAUAUCUCAGGAAGCAGCGCGAAUCGCCUUGUUUUCUAUAGAAUGGUAACAUGAACGAUCGUUUGAAGCUUUUUGUGGUCGAGUUACCAGUAGCUGAAAAUCCUAAUAGCAUUUUUUAGCAUGUUAGCAUACUGUAAGUUCUCGCCCGUCAAGAGCUUGCUCGCAGGCUACAAGUAUGCUUAAUUGCGCACUUAAGAACUUCCGUAGUCAUGUAGAUAAGAAUGACUAUGAUUCAGGGUUUAACGAAUUUGUACAUAGAAGGGCUAUAUCGACGUUUAGGUCUAUCGAAAUUGUACUGUUUUAAGGUAAAACUUCAAUCGGUACCCUGCUAUGAAAUUGGAUUUAUCAGAACAAACUGCAUCAGUUUCCUCCCUCCCUGCUAAACUUACUCACGCUGUUACACACAGUUUAAGACUCUUUGUUAGGUCUCUACUGUUUUCACGUGUUUGCUUUCUUUAGUGCAUUAAAACCCUACAACCAUUCUUUUAAAUCUCUAGCUCCAAAACCAAAAUGAGAGGCAUACUCAACUAAGGAGAGAGACUGACACACUGCACGUAAGUUUGACAGCUUCUACGGUCGGGAACUUGACUCCCUAAACGCUAUAAUUGAUUAGUCAUCUAAACAGUAUUCCUUCAAAUUGAUUAAAACUCCUUACUUUAAUUGAAGACGUUUAACCUUUCACUUUGCUUUUAAGUGGCUGUCAGUCGACACUAGAAAAAGCACGAAUUAACUUCGAAGUCGUCGUGAAAGUCUGAAAAAAAAAGACAUCAGCAAACACACUGAAAAAAAGAAACAAACAAACAAACACUCACUACUUGAAAUUUAGUAUCACAUUCUCAGUCUUUCAAUAAAAAGCACUUAACGAAUUUGCAUGACUGAAGCCUCGACCCUUUCCGCCAAAAGAUUAAAUUUGUUGUAGAAACUAUCGUAGUCCUUCAAGUGGAUGAAAACUCCUUUCUUAAUUCUUUGAUGGAAGGUCUGGAAGACAUUUAACCUUUGACUUAACUCUUAAGUGGCUUACCGUCGGCACCCGUACAAGCACGAAUCAACUACGAACUCGUCGUGAACAGCUGAGAGACGACAUCAGCGCAAUGAAAUAACAGACUGUAGAAUGGUGGAUACUUAGAAUUACAUAUCUCAUACUCAAACUUUCAAUAAAAAGGCAAAAAACGAAUUUGCAUGACAAAAGCUUCGACCCUUUUCGCGAAAGGUUAAGACUGUUGUAAGUAAAAGUGGGGGAGCAGGUUGGAGGACGUCACGAAUUUGGACAAAACUGUCCGUGAUUUGCGCCCAAAAAAAUAACAAUUUUGAGCUUCAUGUGUCAUGCGGUCUACAUAUUUGCAGUCUUUCUAUCAAUAUUAAUGUAUAUACUCGGGAAGAUAAUGAGAUGUCAAAUGUGAGGUGAAGGUGCCUUCUACCCUGUGAUAAGACUUUCUUAAAAAAAGAAAAAAAAACAGUAGAGAUAGGGAGUAAAGGAAGCUAAAGAGACAAACUGAAAUAAUGUCAUAAUACUAAGGAGAUGGCAUGAUCUCAGGCUAUGGGUGUGCCUUGUAAUAAUUGCACAGUCGCUGAAGUGGUUAUGACGUUCCUGCAGUUUUAUUGCAGCCACAUUUCUUGAACCUAGUCAGUUAUUCAUGAGUAUGGAGGCACAAUUGACAUUCGUAUUGUACUACUAACUUCUGAGUCCUUAGAUAAAACCCCAUUCUGCACUGAACCCCAUGGUGGAACUAUUAAAAUUCAAACUUUUCCAAUUAACCUGAAUACUUUUGUAUUAUACUUAUCAUUUUGCAAUAUUCGCUACCUAUAAAAUGACUUUUGGUACCUCUUUUGGGAUUGAUUUCCCUUGCACCUCUUGUGAGUGAUAAAGGGUUGAAAGGAGUCAAAUCGAGUACAUUCAGUAAAAUCCCGUAAGUGAGAACCUAGUUUUAAGAGAAGAAACUGCAUGUCGGGCUAAAAUUUGCCAAUGUUAAAGUCCUUGUUUAAAAAUCAAAGCAUUAACCUUUAGGGGAUCAUUUUAUUAAUUCUUAUAACCUGUUAUUUUGAAUUUGUAUCAAUGUCUUUAGGAGAAAAUUGAUGUUGAUCGCUCUUGGGAGUUUAAGCCUUUGGCUUAAAACUAGAGUAAUGUUCUUAUUUUCUACAAAUUUGUGCUAACCUAUUUAGGCUAAAUUGCGAAGAUGCAGGUUCGUACUUGAAGGUUUUUACUAGAACUGCAUGUGCAUUGGAAGAGGUUACUGAUGUAACAUACAAGAAAACUGUCUCCAAAGCCCCAUGCCAAAGUCAAGUGGCUCAGAAUGGCUGAAACUAAGAGAACGGUUAGCCUACGUAGUACAGGCGUUUCACGAACAGGCUGACGGUUCUCAACGGCAAACAUUUUGAAUUGUGAAAGUCUCCCUGAAGUUCUAUCAUCAGUAAUUACUCCAUAUGAGCCCAAAAAUAUCUAAUUCUGAAAAUCUUUUGCUCUUCAUGCUUGUAGAAACGGAACAAAGCUCAGCUGACCAGACUGAAACGCCAGCUGCAAGAGGCCAACUCCCGCAACCGACGCUGGAACGAUGAGGCCUGUCGGCUGGAACAGAGCAUCGCACAGCUCAGGAGUCAAGUGGAAAAAUAACAGCCAAUGAAAUAACCCUGAAGGUUUUUGCACCUAUGUUCCCGGGUCUGUUCUGAUUGACUCACGAUCACCAUUAAUUUCCUCUAAACAGUUAAGUUCGAGAAAAAAAGCAAUGAAAAACCCUCCAGGAUCAGACGUCAAGCAGCUCAAGUUCUUCUAAGUAAUGCGUUUUGCUUCACAUGCCUAAUCUUUUUAAUUUCUGAGAUGCUUCAAACUUGUUAUCGGGAAAAUACCUCAUAUGGUUUUGAGGGCACAACUUAAAGAAAUCAGUGCCAUUCAUGAAUGUUUGCAGAAUGAGAUCAUGCAUUUCAGGGCUGGAAUCAGAGCACUAAAGAAUCCUACGUGUAAUAAAUAUAUAAACUUAGUCUUUUAUUUUAACUGCCAAAAGAAGGGGCAGUGCACGUAUUUAUUGAAGGAAACUGAUAACUUACUAUAUUUAAGCGUUGCCUAAACAAGAAAAACUGGGUUAAGGAAUAAGAUAUCCUUUUUCUAGUCACGGUUGAUGAAAGUCUAAGCUAUCUUUAUAGUUUGAGCAGAAUAAAGUACAGUUUCUAGUAAUUCUCAGUAUUCUCAAUAUUAAAAACAAUGGCAAUUAGGAGAUCAAGUGGAACACGACUUUUGCGAAUACUGCCUUAUUUUAACACGUCACUGUGACCUUGGAAUUAUUAAUACAUGUACAUCUGACAAAUUUAGAUCCCGUUCAGUUCUUGUGUAUUAUCGAUACUUCCUCUAUGGUUAAGAGGUAUAUUUAAAGCGUGCCGCAUUCCAUUAAUAUCCGCUCUAGCUUGCAGCCAUUGCUAUAGUUACUUAUAAACCCUAUCUUGUUUUUUAUUUGAGGCUCAGAACUAAUUCAGAAUAGUACGAUUCCAAAACCCAACUGUUUGCACUGUGUUUGGAUGAUCUAGAACUUACGCAGUGCGGCACAGUUCGUGAGCAGAGCUACAAGUGAGGUCAGGUGUUUGCUCUACGAUCGUCAAUUGCCAAUCAAGUGCGGUUGUUGCUUGAAUGAUCAUGAAAGAGACGAUUUUGUUGAUCUAAAUGAAAAACAAAUGACUAUUCUUCUUACAUUACCACGGUCAAGGUUAAAAUUGAUAUUCCGUACUACUCAAUGGUUAGAAAAAUUUGUCCACUAAUAAUAUUGAGUGAUUAAUGAAGGAUCGCUUUCAACUCUGACCUUGAAUCUUACAUUUUCUGAAAAUCAAUAUGAGGUCUAUUAGAAGAAAUACUUCGUUUUACACCUUUGUUAAUUAUCACUUUCCAUUCCAAGUUAAAUCUUGCCAACUAAUUAAUCUCUUUUUGCAACAGUAUCAUUGUUAAGUGUUUACGAAAGUUACGUGGUCUAUUUGUUUCCAAUGUCAUAGUGUUUUUAUUGUUUAACUUUGCAAACUUCAUCUUCUUUCUGCUUGAAGUUUGUACAGUAAGAACGCAUAAAGAUGAAUCAAUGAAACAACUUUCUCCUUUACUUUUUCUCUCAGCUAUGCCCAAGACCGUCUCAUAUGACCAUAAACAGACCUCUUUUCCCUCUGACGUCCUUGGAUGAAAACACCGGCUGUUUUUCAAGGUUGAAAGCUGCGGCGUUUUUGACGAUGUUCGUCAACGCGUAAAAUGCCAUCGGCGUUGUCACCUUACUUAGAGAGCCAAGGUUACUAGACAUGUAUUUAGUCACGCAAGUGUAACUAAUUACCCAGUAUGGGCCGGAUGGCACGGAUAAAGACAAGUUGUCACUGAAGAACUUAGACAUGGACUAAUGUCACUCUCUUCUUUAUUACUGAUUAAUUGCAUCUUCUGCUCACAGUUUGGGCUUCACUACCAAAUAGCUGCAAAGUCAGGGUGGACUCUGCAAAACAAACCAAUUAGAAGAAGUAUCUGCAUUGUUUACUUACAAUAGGGUAUAGUUAAAGUAGCGAACGGGACAGGGGGUGGGAGUAAGGGGUGCAAGGGCAGGAUACAAUCACGAAAUCACUUUUGCAACCCUCAGUUGCAGUACUUUUCUAUAAAUGCUGCAACCAAAUAUCAUUUACUGACGUUCUUUUACUCAAUUCUCAAGUGGCUUUGGUUUUAUUCUCCAAAACCAUACUGCUGAGACACGCUCGGCCUGUUUGGAAAACAAACAGCGCAUGUCAAGUGUGACUUUGCGACCUUGGCAUUGGAAAAUGUUCUCGUAAACAACCAAGGUUACAAACAGAACAGGUACCGUAUAAAUACCACACAGAAUGCUGCACUGAUGUAACAAAGUGCAGUAAACUAGGACAAGCCCAUUACCCUAGCUAUACGCAGUCAACAUGGAAGUCACUUUCCUCCAAGAGAGCUCAAUGCUGUAUUCAGUUUUUCUAUGCUGCUUGCCUUUCAUCGUCGUGUUACUUUUCUUUGGCUGGUCCAAGGUGCGGCGAAGAAACACUCCUCCUGGGCCGUUCGGUUUGCCUCUAAUUGGCAACUUGUUCCAACUGGGAGAUUCUCCACACAUCGCUCUAACUGAGAUGGCCCAAGUUUAUGGAAGCGUCUUUUGCAUCCGUCUUGGUGCGAGGAAGGCUAUCGUUUUGAACAGCCACGACGUUGUGAAAGAGGCCCUCGCGAGGAGGUCUUGCCAUUUCUCCUCGAGACCGCCCUUUCACAAUUUCCUAAUUAGCAGCAAUGGAGGUAAGAGCAUAGCGUUUGGCUACAGUGGUCCUUUGCAUAAAAGAAACAAAAAACUGGCCUCUCGUGCCCUACAUGCUGUUUUCAGCGAUGUAAAACGUUUCAACACUGUAGCGCAACAAGAAACGGAGCGCUUUUGUAGAGAGCUAAUAGAAAGCACUUGCGGAGCUCUCGACUUGACUAGUUACAUCAGAGAUCUAUUGAUCAAUUUUUCAUUUAGACUCGUGUUUGGAGAUAACUUUAAAACAAAUUACGCGGCUGAAUUCCAGAAUAUCUUCAAGAGAUCAACUGCCUUUAUUGAGAACAAUGCUGUCGUAAACUUGCUCGACUUUUUCCCGUGGCUUCACUUCGCUUUUCGAAAGCAGUGCAAGGCUUUGAAAGCCUCUGUAAGGGAACUGAUGGACUUUGUGGGGAAAGUUUACAAUCUGCAACGCCACGCGAGUGUGGAAGAUGCUGGCGUCAAUGCUGCUGCAUCGUUGGAUAAAAUCAUCGAAGAAGAAAUU